AUGCCUCCGCAGUUAUGCUCUCAGGCAAACGUGCCCCUACCAGGAAUCGAACCGAACGCAUCGAAGGAUGAUGGUAUUCUUAUCAACCUUCCAUUCAAACGCCUAUUCACAACUUGCUGGGCCUUAAUGUCAUGCGUUAACGGGCGAAAAAAGAGAGCGACCGACGACGUUAAGGAGAAAGGGCAUGAUCAGACAACAUCGCAGCCCUGGCGAUGUGACUCAUCCCAAAUCGAAAAGGAUCGAGGUGACCACUUCAUGCACCACUACUCGUCUGAAGACCGCGUCGAAAAGUGUACUCCAUCUCUGUGGUUUAAGAAUCCACGUAAGCAGGCAAUCGAUGCUCUUCUUCGGACAGACGCUGAAGCGGAGGGAGCAAUGGCGCAACCACCACCUGAGCCAUAUGCAGGGUCCCAAUUGCGCGCCUGA